UCUGCGCUGUACUGUAAGAAGCUGCAGUAUGCGUUAAAGGCAGGACUAAGCGUCUUCAACUUUUUUAUCAUACAGCAAUUUCGUCUGCUUUAUGUGCUCGCGUGCGUCUGCAACGGAUGUUAGUGUUGUGUUUCUGAUGCGUCUUGUUAAAAAAGCUUUCUGGCUAGCCAACUAACUGACGGAGUUUACACAACAGUCACGUCCGAGCCGACAAGAAAACACCUUAGGGCCUAACCAUGGCAACCGGUCAAAUUUUGUUCGACUUCAGAAGCAGAUAAAGAUGAAACUUUCACGGUCGAACGUACAAGCGAUUCUCCAGAUCUUGUUUGUCCCAAAAAGGCCCCACUACAGCGAUUACACUUACAGGCGAUCGUGCUCGAACGACAGAAACAGCAUCCCCUCUCUCUCGCUCAACUAAAGAAAGCCGAACAGCCGGCGGACGCUGAGCUCAAGCGGAAAGCGCCGUUGCGUGUCGUUGAAUACCAUCUGGCGUUGCCGUUGGAACUGCUGAAGGAGAUCUUCCACUCCCUGGACACCGUCGACCGCGUGCGUUGCCGCCGCACCUGUCGACUGUGGGCUGAGCUCCUCACCGCGCCAGACAUGUGCAGCGAGGUGCGUGUAGCGCGACGGCAGUACGGCUUGUGGGAUAACUACGUCCUGUACGCCGGCCUCGCCAAGAACAUCACGCCUGGGAUCCGCAGCAUCUCGGUUCGCGAAAGCGGCAAGUGCGGCAACGAAGUGUUCUACGUCGUCAAGCGUCUCUUGAAAGACGCCCGUAUCCGCCUGCACCGCUUCAUCGUGCAGCGGCCACCGACCAGCCUCGCUGACCCAUCCCCGGCUGCGUGGAAAACAGUCCUGGACACGCUGUCCGUCAAGGUCACCGCGGGCCUGCUGCAGUCCCGGCUGGUGUCGUACUGCGAGCGGGUGAUUGUCAAGGAUUUCGUCCUCACCGUGUCGAUUGUUAUGGAGUCCCGCAUUCCCUCGGUCGUCUUCGCCGGGGGGCAAGUCGAUAAAUGGGAAGUUGUGGAGCUGUUGGAGAAGCAUGUGCGCAGUCAGGGGCCGCCGGUGGAUGUGCAGCAAAUAGCCCAUUUCAUGGCCCAUCGGGGUGACAGCAAAGCGAAGGCCCGAUUAGUGAGAACGGUAUUGAGCCAGUUAUCUGCAUUUUGAUGAUAAUGGGGCUUAAGCUGCUGAAUGAUUUGCUGAUUCUGCACACCUACCAAGCCAGCGACCCGCGUCCCGCGACGCAGCAUCGGGAACACCGCUGGUCGUUGUACAAUGUGGCCGGCGUGGACGUCGGCCAGCUGAACCGGUUCUGUCUGUGCGCCUUGUCGCGCUGCAUGGAGAGAUGGAGUGACGAUGGCAGUGCAUCUAGUGAUUCCGCUGAAUACGAGUUUGAGUGACACGCGUUUAUGGGCGGGCCAUGUGUUGAGGUUACUCAUAAUGGUAGACAAAAGAAGCAGAUUUGCGCUCAUGCCGCCGCUCACGUCGUCAACUAAAAGCUCUGCGUGCGUUGUCGUCCUUCGUUUUGUUGGUUUUCGGAUCUGAACGACUGAGCCCUAGUUGUUUUGGGGAUUUGUUGUUUGGUGGUUUUGUUGUUUUUGGAAGCCUUGGUUGUUUUGUUGUGUGCAGUGGGAUGGAUAUGAUUUAGCAACCAUAGUUCUCUUAUCGCUCUUUGU